AAUCAUCUCAGCCUCCUCACUUCCUUCUUAAAAAUAUGAAUACAUCACUUUCUAAUUCCUUUCUCUCUGCUUUGUUCAUGCUCAUGUUUUCAGUCAUGAACUCGGUAGGUUUUCCUCCAACAGUAGAACCAAUCUGUGGACCAACUCAUCCCAAGGAUGCCAUUCCAAUUUACCCCUACGACGUCCAUUUGCUGCACUUUUCUUUGAAUCUCGAAUACUUAGAAGCUGAAUAUUUCUUGUAUGGAGCACUGGGUUAUGGUCUUAUAAACUGGCUCCGGAAUUAGUAAUGGGUGGACCACCGCCAAUUGGAGCACAGAAAGCUAAUCUUGAUGAACUUGUUAACCGCAUUAUCGAGGAGUUUUGAUAUCAAGAAGUUGGCCAUAUAAGGCUAUCAAAACGACAGUUGGUGGAUUUCCAAGGCCGUUGAUGAAUCUUAGUGCAUAUAAUUUUGCUACGAUAAUGAAUGAUGCAUUUGGAUAUCCUUUGGAUCCUCCAUUUGAUCCAUAUGCCAACAGCCUGAAUUUCAUGAUGGCUUCAUACGUGAUUCCAUACGUUGGACUUACCGGCUACGUUGGUGCGAAUCCAUUCAUGAAGGGAUGGAAAACAAAAAGGUUGUUAGCAGGUUUAUUAGGAGUAGAAGCAGGGCAGGACGCUGUCAUAAGGAUGUAUCUGUAUGAGAGGGCACAUUAUAAAGUGUACCCAUAUGAUUACACUGUCGCUGAAUUUACAGAGCGUAUCUCAAAGCUGAGGAAUAAAUUAGGGAUGUGCGGCAUUAAAGAUGAAGGUAUCUGCGUGCCUCUAAAUUUAGGAGCAGAGAAUCGAACAACUAGCAAUGUGUUGGCGGCUGACUAUAAUUCCUUAUCUUACGCUCGAACCCCGCGUGAAAUUUUAAGGAUUGUAUAUGGAACUGGGAGCGAACAUGUUCCCGGUGGAUUCUUCCCGAAAGGAGAAAAUGGAAAGAUUGCCAGAGAACUUUUGUGUUCUUACGAAUAAUAACAGGUGUAUUCCUUGAUGAACUUUAUAUCUAUGUGCCUAUAUGGAAUAAAAUGGAGAGUGAUUGAGCUGCAGCCAUGUGCAACCCCUUUCCGUUCUCAUAAUUUAUGUUUUUCGGUUCCUCUGUUUUGUACUCGUAUUAUUUUAAGGUCGUCUUCAACUCUUCAUCAUUUUUCGUCAUUUGUCUGUUUAAAUGAGUGGAGUAUGUUAUGUUCCACAGCCACAGUGGGUAAAUGGUUGAGAACUUGAGCUAGGA